AUGGAAGCCCUCGACAUUGUUGCUGCCCCAGCCACAAACUUCGUCAAGUCCUGCGUCAAGGUUCUCAAGCGCUGCACACUCCCAUCUACAAAGGUCCUUAAGGAUUCCGCUUCUGCAUCUGCCGUUGGUUUCCUUAUUCUCGGCUCUGUUGGCUUCAUCUUCAAGGUCAUUGCUUAUCCAAUUAACAACGUCAUCAUCGGCGGUAUUGGCCAAUAA